UUUACGACGCUCGCCCUCCGUUGUUCAUUCAACAUGGCGGCGGGACCAAUUUCAGAAAGAAACCAAGACGCCACUGUGUAUGUCGGCGGCUUGGAUGAGAAAGUGUCAGAGCCGUUACUAUGGGAGCUUUUCUUGCAGGCUGGUCCUGUAGUCAAUACUCACAUGCCCAAAGACAGGGUCACUGGACAACAUCAGGGCUAUGGUUUUGUGGAGUUUCUCAGCGAAGAGGACGCUGACUAUGCCAUCAAAAUCAUGAAUAUGAUAAAGCUCUAUGGCAAACCAAUUCGAGUUAAUAAGGCAUCAGCGCACAACAAAAACUUGGAUGUGGGUGCAAACAUCUUCAUUGGUAACCUGGACCCGGAAAUUGAUGAGAAACUGCUCUAUGACACAUUCAGUGCCUUUGGCGUGAUCCUCCAGACGCCAAAGAUCAUGCGAGACCCAGACACUGGCAACUCCAAGGGUUAUGCUUUCAUCAAUUUCGCCAGCUUUGAUGCGUCAGAUGCCGCCAUUGAGGCCAUGAAUGGCCAAUACCUGUGCAACAGGCCCAUCACGGUGUCGUAUGCCUUCAAGAAGGAUUCUAAAGGAGAACGACACGGCUCAGCUGCAGAGCGACUCCUGGCGGCACAAAACCCUCUCUCCCAGGCAGACAGACCUCAUCAGCUGUUUGCAGAUGCUCCCCCACCACCAUCUGCUCCGACACCAGUCCUGACCACGCUGGGAACUGGGAUGCCCAUGCCAGGCAUGCCACCUCCUGGUGCUUUCCCUCCUGUUCCUCCUCCGGGAUCGAUGCCUCCAACAAUGCCCCCUAGCAUGGCCAUGCCUCCAACUGCAGGGACUCCAGGCCCACAGGGUGGGGGUGGAGGACCUCCACCCGGGCCACCACCCUUCCCCCCUGCCAACAUGCAUCCAGGAAUGCCUCAGAUGCCCAUGCCCCCUCCUGCUCCUCCUGGCAUGGUACCUCCACCUCCUGCUCCUCCAGGAUCAAAUCAACCACGGGCACCGCCGCCGCCUGGCAUGCCUCCACCCCCGCCCAUGGGCAUGCCACCCAGAGCACCAUAUGGACCUCCCAUGGGUCCACCUGUGCCUCCAGGUAUGAGAGGGCCACCUCCUCCCAUGCCUCCACCUGGCUACGGUGCUGGUCCUCCUCGUCCACCUCCUUUUGGCUUCCAGAGAGGACCCCCGAUGCCACCAAGGCCCCCUGGUGCCCCACCACGCGUCCCAAUGAGAGCACCAAUGCCACCGUAAUCCAUCUCAGACUGUAGAAACAGGCUCGCAUUUAGAUUUUUUUUUUUUUUUUUUUUA